AUGGACCCCAUCACCGCCCUCGCGCUCGCAUGCAACGUCACCCAACUCGUCGAACAGGCGAUCGAGGCAGUGAAGGUGUGCAAGGAAAUAUACGAGCGAGGCUCGCUGGACGAGAACAAUCACAUUGAAGAGUACGCCCAAGGCAUCGCGGCCGCCAACAAGGAUCUAGAAACGACGUUCAAGGCCCAGACGAACACAUCUUCUGGUCGUCCGACGCGGCUCCAGAAGAUCGUGGAUGAUUCCGUCGCGACGACGGCGGAGCUCAAAAAGGUGCUCAACCAGUUGAAGCUCUCGAAGAACCAGGGAAUCAAGAAGAGCGGUAGCGCGUUCAAGACGACUCUGAAGUCCAUUUUCAACAGAGGGACCAUUGAAAGUCUCCGGAAGAGGCUGGAACAGCAAGAUGCGGCGCUACGUUCAGCCAUUUUAAAGGACCUCUAG